CCUGCUCUUGCUGAAGCAGCGCUGUCUCUUCUUCACCUCACGUUGUUCUCUAUCGGAACCAAGCGCUGGACGGAUUUCUGGGUUUUUUAAAUGGCAUCCACAAGGCGCCGCCGCCUUGUUCCGUGCUUUUUGGGAAUACUCCUGAAUGCUUUAAUCGGUGUGAUGUGCGAAGCUGAGCUCUCCUUCACCCUGGAGCCCAGCGACAUCAUCGCCGUGCAGGAACAGCCCCUCAUGCUCCACUGCCAGGUGGUGGGCAUCCCCCCAGUGACCACACAGUGGAGGCACAACGGCCUCCUCCUAACUCAGGACCAGCAUCACACCACCUUCAUCAACGGCUCGCUCCUCAUCGCUCACUUCCAGAAGACCAAAUCCGACGGCUCAUCUGAUGAGGGCGACUACGAGUGCGUGGCCCAGAAUUCUUUCGGGCUGGUGGUGAGCCGCAAGGCCCGCAUUCAGGCAGCCACCAUGGCAGACUUCCACGUCCAGCCAGAGUCGGUGCACGCUGAGGAGGCUGGUGUGGCCCGAUUCCAGUGCCAGAUCCACGGCCUGCCAGAACCCGUCAUCAGCUGGGAGAAAGACAGCCGUCCGGUGGACACCAAGGACGAGAGGUACACUCUCCUGCCUACAGGUGUUCUGCAGAUCACAGGCGUGCGUGAGGAGGACAGCGGAAAGUUCUGCUGCGUGGCUCAUAACAGUGCAGGAGUGAAACACAGUGCCGAGGCGCUCCUCACUGUUUCAGGCUCCCAGUCAUCUGUUUACAAAGAACCCAUGAUCCUGGUCGGUCCGGAAAACCUGACUCUCACCGUUCACCAAACGGCCAUCUUGGAGUGCGUUGCUACGGGAUACCCGCGGCCCAUCGUGUCCUGGAGCAGGCUAGAUGGUCGUCCCAUCGGGGUGGAGGGAAUUCAGGUCCUCGGCACGGGGAACCUGAUGAUCUCCGACGUUGGCGUGCAGCACUCAGGGGUCUACGUGUGCGCUGCCAACAAGCCGGGGACUCGUGUCCGCAGGACGGCUCAAGGACGUCUGGUGGUCCAAGCUCCGGCGGAGUUUGUUCAACCUCCGCAGUCCAUCGCCCGGCCUGUCGGCACCACCGCCAUCUUCACCUGCCAGGCGCAGGGCGAGCCCGAGCCGCAGCUCACCUGGCUGAAGAACGGCCAGAUCCUGGAGCCUGGAGGACACGUCAAGCUCAGGAACAACAACAGCACACUGACGAUAUACGGCAUCGACGAGGACGACGAGGCCAUCUACCAGUGCAUCGCCGAGAACAGCGCCGGCUCCACGCAGGCCAGCGCCCGCCUCACCGUGCUCUGGGCCGACGGACUGCCCGGCGUGCCCACUCACGUGCAGGCCGACGCCCUCUCGCCCACCACCAUCCAGGUGUCCUGGAAGGAGCCCGAUCAGAACACUCAGGACAUCAUCGGUUAUGUGCUCCACAUCCGCAGGACCACAGACCCAGCGGAGAUGGAGUAUGAGGAGGCCGUCAGUAAGGUGACGCUGCAGCAGAUCAUCCGGGACCUGGAGCCCUCCACCAGCUACACCUUCUACGUGAAGGCCUACACGUCCCACGGGGCCAGCAAGCCGUCGGACAGCGCCACUGAGAGCACGCAUGGGGAAGUUCCAGCUCCUCCCUCCCUCUUCACUAAGGUGCUGAACAGCAGCGUUGUUCUGGCCACGUGGGAGUCUUCAUCCAAGAUGGGCCAGCAUCAGGGCUUCAGACUGUUCUACAGACGGGCGCACUCUCCCAUGUUCACCGGUCCCAUUACGUUCCCUCGCAACGUCACCCAGUACAACAUCAGUCAGCUGGAUUCCUCGCUGGUCUAUGAGAUAAAGCUGCUCGCAUACAACCAACACGGAGAUGGAAACGCCACCAUGCGAUUUGUUUCACUGCGGGAGGCGGUGGAGAAAUCUGUGCUGGACGGCUCAUGUGACUGUGUGAAGGACGAACAGAGCAAAACGUCCACGACAGGCAUCAUCAUCGGCAUCCACAUCGGCGUCACCUGCAUCGUCUUCUGCGUGCUCUUCCUGGUCUUCAGCUACCGCGGCAGGUUAAUGAUGUGUAAGACGGUUCAGGCCACCCCCCAGGCAGGACACAGCGCCGUGCUGGAAUCCUCUUCCUCUUCCCAGGGGGCCUCGGGGCUCAACGGCGCUGCCAGGAGAGAGAUGGAGGUCAAUGGCAGCGCGGCGGGGAAGAAAGUGGUCGACAGCAACGAGCUCGAGAGACUUUUCACUCAACCCAACCCACAAGAUUCAUGCAUGUCCGACUCCUACGUGCUGAACGACACCCAGCUGUCGACGAUACCGCUGGACGAGUUUGCGGUGGAGCGAGAGACGCAGUUCCAGGAGCCUCCUGCAGGAGGAGCAGCUGGUCAGGACCAAGGCUGA